AUGUCUCUCCGCACAGCCAGAUGCCUUCACAGCAGAUCAAGCCAUCUCAACAGCGCCGAGGCAGCUGCCACAGCUCCGCCAGCUACGCAUGAAGCGGAAUACGCACCGUCGCUGCUGAGUGAGAUUGCCGCGAGGAGAGCCAGGGCGGGCAAGCUGGUGGCCGGCAUUGCUGCGGCAUCGGACAGUGACAUGUUCAAGGGUCCUCAAACGGGGAAACCAAAAGCAAAAAGAUGGGACGACCACCUCAGUGCAGAGAGCAAAUCGAGAGAGCCGUGCUCUCUCAAGCAAGCUGCCAAGCAUCUCAAGCAGCCCGGACUCAUCUCCCUCGGCGGCGGCCUUCCCUCCAGCGAGCUGUUUCCCCUCGACGAGCUCAACAUGAAGGUCGCCAUGCCGCCAGACUUCUCAGAGAAGGCAACAGCCCGCCAUGGACAGCAUGUGAGCAUUGGCAAAUACGACGUUCGCGACCGGGACGGCACCUACGAUCUGUCCAUUGCUCUCAACUAUGGCCAGUCCACGGGAUCUGCCCAGAUGCUUCGCUUCUUGACCGAGCACACCGAGAUCGUCUGCAAGCCCCCUUACGCCGACUGGAGGGUCUGCCAGACCAUUGGCAGUACCGGGGCAUUGGAACAGGCGCUGCGCAUGUUUCUGGACAAGAACCGCGGCGACUCGGUCCUGACAGAAGACUUUAGCUUCUCAACAGCCCUCGAGACAAUCGCUCCCCUCGGCGUCAAGGCCUUUGGUGUGCCCGUGGACGAGCAGGGUCUCAUUCCCGAGGCCAUGGAUGAGCUUCUCAGCAGCUGGGAUGCCAAGGCCAGGGGAUCUCGAAAGCCUCAUCUCCUGUACACCGUCCCCUCGGGACAGAACCCAACCGGAGCGACCCAGGGCCUCGAAAGGAGGCAGGCCAUCUACCGCGUUGCGCAAAAGCACGACUUGUUCAUCCUCGAAGACGAGCCGUACUACUUCCUCCAGAUGCAGCCGUACACAGGCCGUGGCCAGCCUGACGCCCCUGCGCCGAGCAACGUCGAGGACUUUGUGUCGUCUUUGAUACCCACGUACGUCAGCAUGGACGUCGAUGGCCGCGUGAUGCGAAUGGACUCCCUCUCCAAGGUGCUGGUCCCCGGAUCUCGUCUCGGGUGGAUCGUCGCCUCGGAGCAGAUUGUCGAGCGAUACCAGCGCCACGCCGAGGUGGCCAGCCAGGGCCCCAGCGGCUUCUCGCAGGUCAUUGUCCACAAGCUGCUGGAUGAGACAUGGGGCCACGAGGGAUACCUGCGGUGGCUGAUGAACCUGCGGCUGGAGUACACCAAGAAGCGGGAUGCGCUGCUGGCCGCUUGUGAGGACAACCUGCCGCGGGACCUCGUCAGCUGGACGCCCCCUGCCGCCGGCAUGUUUCUGUGGUUCACCGUCGACCACACCAAGCAUCCCGGCGCGGGCACCCGCAGCCUCGAGGAAAUUGAGCAGGAAAUCUUCGACUCGUGCAUCAAGAGCGGCGUGCUGGUUGCCCGCGGAUCGUGGUUCCAGACCGAAAAGGACGCUCCGUUGACGAGUCUGCACUUUCGCGCCACGUUUGCCGCGGCCAGCCCUGAGAAUAUGAAUGCGGCGAUUGCGAGGUUUGGGAAAGCCGUUCAGGAUAGCUUUGGGAGGAGGUGA